AUGGCACCAACACAGCCUGUUACGCCACAGCACACGCCAAUCCGGAAAGCAAAUCGUGAGGGGUCGUCGAUGAGUACGCCGAGACAGGACGUGCCGUCCUCAUCUCCACUGAUUUCCGGCACAUGGACUUCCGAAGGGCAUCCUCCGAGCCCCCGGCCGCAUUAUUACACGCCCAUUGCACCAAACCCUGCUGGCCUGCCGGCACGAAAGCAUGCUCUAGAUAGGAAUGAACCCGAGGGACCAAACGCGAAGAGAGUGCGACAGUCACCUCAGUCGCCAUCGCCGCUACCAGAGAUGACCAGCGAAGACAAGCUGCUGCUUAAGCUUCGUGAUCAAGAUGGCCUCUCUUGGAAGGAGAUUGUGACCAAAUUCGCCGAGGACCUGAACAAGGACUAUCAGCCCGCAGCUUUGCAGAUGCGAAUCAAGAGGCUCAGAGACCGCAUGCGGGUCUGGACGGAUGGCGAUGUGCAAGCAUUGCGCCUCGCCCACCAGUACUGGAUGGAGACCAAAUUCGACAUUAUCGCCUCAAAGAUGGUUGACUUUGGGUCUACGGAAAAGUGGAGCGCAAAGCAAUGCCGACAAAAGUGGGCAGAGAUGUGCUCGUCUUCCGACCACGUCUCUGGACCGACGUAUUCAUCAACAAUGUUCGGAGGACCACCCAAUUACCAGCCUCGCGUGUAG